CAAGAGAAUAAAUUAAUUAAAUUCAAUUUAAUUAUUUACAGUCGCAGUGUGUUUGAGUGUUGUUAUAGUUGCGUCCUUCUUAGUUGCUGUUUGUGUAAAUAAUGUUGUCAGUUGUGUUUUGUCAGUUUUGAAACGUGAAAAAAAGUUAAAAAUGGCAGCUGAAAUAAAACCAGCAACACAAUCAAAUGACCGAUUUUCGACAACGAAUAAACCAUCACUAGUAGCAAAAUUAGAAGGUUGCAAUGAUGAAAUUAAUGCGGCGGUUUUCAUACCGAAAGAAGAAGGAGUUAUCACUGUAUCUGAUGAUAAAGCUGUUAGAGUAUGGUUAAAAAGAGAUUCUGGUCUGUAUUGGCCAAGUAUUUGCCACCACAUGCCAAGUGGGGCAACAUCUGUUUAUUACACUAAAGAAACAAGACAGUUGUUUAUAGGUCAGGAUAAUGGAACUGUUUCAGAAUAUAUACUUGCACCAGAUUUUAAUCGCAUGAAUCUAACUAGAGAAUACUUGGCACAUCAGGCCAGGGUCACUGAUCUUCUUUAUGCUUUAGAUAAUGAGUGGAUUUUAAGUGCAAGUAGAGACAAAUCUUUCUCUUUUAACUGCACUCAAACUGGGAAGAACAUUGGAACUUACACAGUAGAAGCAUGGUGUACUUCAUUGCAAUUUGAUGUUGACACAAAACACGCUUUUAUUGGAGAUUGGGCUGGUCAUAUAACUAUGUUGAAGUUAGAUAAUUCGGGGGCGAAGCUAGUUACAGUAUUGAAAGGUCAUUCGGGCUCCAUUCGUACUUUGGCUUGGGAUUGUGAAAGAGAAACACUCUUUAGUGGAUCCUUUGAUCAAACAAUCAUAGUAUGGGAUAUUGGCGGAGGAGAGGGCACCGCAUAUGAAUUGCAAGGGCACCAUGGAAAGGUCUCUGCCCUUUGUUUCCUGCGUUCCACAAAUUAUUUACUUAGCGGUGGAGAAGACAACGUGUUAGUAUUCUGGGACAUGGAAAAAGCAAGGCAAGAGACGCCUGAAUGGGUAGAGUCUGAUUCAUGCCAGUUGUGUAAUAGACCAUUUUUUUGGAAUUUGCGUGCCAUGAUGGACCAGCGACAAUUAGGACUACGACAACACCAUUGCCGUCACUGUGGAAAGGCCGUUUGCGACAAGUGUUCCUCUGGUAGAUUAACAAUACCAUCUAUGGGUUUUGAAUUUGCUGUCAGGGUCUGCGAUCCGUGUCAUAUUGCGUUACGUGAUAAAGAGCGUCCUUCUUUAGCAACAUUUCACGAUGCUAAACAUAGCAUAGUGUACAUGAACGUCGACGAAUGUAGUAGACAUUUAUUGACAGUAGGACAGGAUCGAUUAAUAAAAAUUUGGGAUAUUUCUGCACUUUUCAAUGUAGACUUCUAAAUCUUACAGAAGUUCUUAAUCCUACUGGAAUGUGAUUUGUACACGAC